CCCGCGCGGACGCCGGGCCGGGCGCUCGCCCUCUCGCUCGCCCUUGCGCGCGCCCCGCGCCCUCCGGCGCGCCGGCGGGACCAUGAAGAAGUUCUCUCGAAUGCCCAAGUCGGAGGGCGGCGGCGGCGGCGGCGGAGCGGCGGGUGGCGGGGCCGGCGGGGCCGGGGCCGCCUUCGGCUCCGGCUCCGGGAGCUCGUCCGUGGGGGUCCGCGUGUUCGCGGUCGGCCGCUACCAGGUCACCCUGGAGGAGUCGCUGGCCGAAGGUGGAUUUUCCACGGUUUUCCUGGUGCGGACUCAUGGUGGACUUCGCCAUGCGUUGAAGCGAAUGUAUGUCAAUAAUGUGACAGACCUCAACAUUUGUAAAAGGGAAAUUACAAUUAUGAAAGAGCUGUCUGGUCACAAAAAUAUCGUGGGUUAUUUGGACUGUGCUGUUAAUUCAAUUAGUGAUAAUGUAUGGGAAGUGCUUAUCUUAAUGGAAUAUUGUCGAGCUGGGCAGGUAGUGAAUCAGAUGAAUAAGAAGCUGCAGACAGGUUUUACGGAGCCAGAAGUGUUACGAAUAUUCUGUGACACCUGUGAAGCGGUCGCAAGGUUACAUCAAUGUAAGACUCCAAUAAUUCACCGGGAUCUGAAGGUAGAAAAUAUUUUGUUGAAUGAUUGUGGAAACUAUGUACUUUGUGACUUUGGCAGUGCCACUAAUAAAUUUCUUAAUCCUCAAAAAGAUGGAGUUAAUAUAGUAGAAGAAGAAAUUAAAAAGUAUACAACUCUGUCAUACAGAGCCCCCGAAAUGGUCAACCUUUAUGGAGGGAAGCCUAUCACCACCAAGGCUGAUAUCUGGGCACUGGGGUGUUUACUGUAUAAACUUUGUUUCUUCACUCUUCCUUUUGGUGAGAGUCAGGUUGCUAUCUGUGACGGCAGCUUCACCAUCCCAGACAAUUCUCGUUACUCCCAUGACAUACACUGCUUAAUAAGGUUCAUGCUUGAACCAGAUCCAGACCGUAGACCUGAUAUAUUUCAAGUGGCCCACUUUGCAUUUAAAUUUGCCAAAAAGGAUUGUCCAGUCUCCAACAUCAAUAAUUCUUCUAUUCCUUCAGCUCUUCCCGAACCGAUGACUGCUAGUGAAGCAGCUUCUAGGAAAAGCCAAAUAAAAGCCAGAAUAACAGAUACCAUUGGACCAACAGAAACCUCAAUUGCACCAAGACAAAGACCAAAGGCCAAUUCUACUACUGCCACUCCCAGUGUGCUGACCAUUCAAAGUUCAGCAACACCUGUUAAAGUCCCCGCUCCUGGUGAAUUUGGUAACCACAGACCGAAAGGAGCCCUGAGACCUGGAAACAGCCCUGAGAGCUUAUUGGGUCAGGGGCCCACUCAGCAGCCUCCGCAGCAGCAUAGGGUACUUCAGCAACUACAGCAGGGAGAUUGGAGAUUGCAGCAACUUCAUUUGCAGCAUCGUCAUCCUCACCAGCAGCAGCAGCAGCAGCAGCAGCUACUUCAGGAUGCUUAUAUGCAGCAGUACCAGCAUGCAGUGCAACAGCAGCAGAUACUGCAACAGCAGUUUUUAAUGCAUUCGGUGUAUCAGCCACAAGCGUCUGCAUCGCCUUAUCCCGCAAUGAUGCAGCAGUAUCAGCAGGCUUUCCUGCAGCAGCAAAUGCUCGCUCAACGUCAGCAGUCUCCACAGCAGGCAUCACCAGAGUAUCUCACCUCCCCUCAAGAGUUCUCACCAGCCUUGGUGUCCUACACGUCGUCACUCCCAGCUCAGGUUGGAACCGUAAUGGACUCCUCUCAUUGUGCCAAUAGGUCAGUUGCUGAUAAAGAGGCCGUUGCUGCAGAUAUUACAAAUCAGAAGAACAUCAGUAACCCACCUGAUAUGUCAGGGUGGAAUCCUUUUGGAGAGGAUAAUUUCUCCAAGUUAACAGAAGAGGAACUGUUGGACAGAGAAUUUGACCUUCUAAGAUCAAACAGGCUCGAGGAGAGAGCAUCCUCUGAUGAGAGUGUAGAGCCGCAUUCUGCUCCCCAUCCUCAUCCUCCAGGAGAUCCUUUUGGUUCUGUUCCUUUCAUUUCUCACUCAGGUUCUCCUGAAAAGAAAAUUGAGCCUGCAUCCACGAAUCAAGGCAACAGCACUGCAAACCCCGUCAAGCAUAGAAAAGCAAGCCCCUUGUCUAAAGACCCGCGGACUGGAAAGAAACCCCCGGAGACCUCGUCCUUGCCCGGCCAGGGGCCGAAGGGGGCCGAGGAAUCGGAGAGUGAUUUCGAGUCAGACCCCCCUUCCCCGAAGAGCAGCGAGGAGGAGGAGGAGCAGGACGAGGAGCCCGAGGAGGAGGGCGGCCUCCAGGGAGAACCGGGAGAUUUUAACGACGACGAUACUGAGCCCGAAAACCUGGGGCACAGACCGCUGCUCAUGGAUUCCGAGGACGAGGAGGAGGAGGAGAAGCACAGCUCCGACUCGGACGACGAGCCGGCCAAGGCCGCCGCCAGCGCCGCCAGCCCGGGCCGCCGAGCCGCCGCUGGCAGUGGGCCGGGCCGGGACCCCGGGGCGCCGCGCCUCGCGCCCGCCCGGCCGCCCUCCGCCGCGGGGCCCGCGGCCGCCCAGCCCGAGGUCGACGUCUUCGGCGCCGUGCCGUUCUUCUCGGCGCGCGCCCCGCAGCCCCGGCAGGGAGAGCGCGCCCAGGCCCCGUGCCCCCGGGGCCAGCCCGGCCCGGCGGCGCCGGUGGAGCCCGAGGAGUUCGACGUCUUCACCAAGGCGCCCUUCGGCAGGAAGGGGACGGGGCCCGAGGCCCACGGCCUCCGCGCCGGGGCCGCCAGUGUGGACGUCUUCGGCUCCACUCCGUUCCAGCCCUUCGCCGCGGCGGCGAGCCGGAGCGGCAGCAGCGAGGACCUCUUCGGGCUGGUGCCCUUCGAGGAGAUAGCCGGGAGUCAGCAGCCGAGAGGCAAGCCGCGGAGCCUGCAGAAGCUGACCUCUCGCCAGCGGCGCCCGAAGCAGGACGCGGCCAAGAGCAACGGGAAGCGGCACCACGGGCCCGCGGGCGGCGCCAAGAAGCCGGCCAAGCCCGCCUACCGCACCCCCGAGCGGGCGCGCAGGCACCGGCGGGCCGGCCGCCGGGACUCGCAGAGCAGCAGCGAGUUCCUCACCGUCUCCGACUCCAAGGAGAACAUCAGCGUGGCCCUGCCCGAUGGCCUGCCGGCCGAGGACAGCCUCCUGGACCCCUUCGGGGCCAAGCCCUUCCACCCCGCGGACCUGCCCUGGCACCCCCCGCACCAGGGCCUGGGCGACAGCAACCCCGUUCUGCCCGGGCGGCCGAGGCCCGGUUCACUGCACGGGGCCUUCCACGGCGCAGAGGCCCUGAAAAUGGAUGAUUUUGGGGCCGUGCCCUUUACAGAGCUGGUGGUGCAGGGCCUCGGAUCCCAGCAGCCCCAGCAGCCACAGCCGGGCGACUUAGACCCGUUCGGGGCAGCUCCGUUUCCUUCUAAACAGUAGAUGACUUGCGAGGCGCUCUUGGCAUUAACUCCUGUUUCCAAAAAAAAAAAAAAAAGAAAAAAAGAAAGAAAAAAAGUAUGAAUAGUUUUAUGACUUUGAAAGAAAAUUAUUUGUAUAGCCCUUUAUAUCAUUCAUUCUUACAGGUCAAUCAGAAUAGAUGAUUUUUAAAUAAACCAAAUGGAAAAAGGAAGCAUCUGCACAGGGUAGUGACUCCACGCCUCUUCCACGCAGGAGCAAAGGGAGCGACGCGGCGACUCUAACCCAGGGGUUCGGCCACUGACCGGCCAGCACAGGAGUCCAGGGGAAGCGUGCGGGCCCUUUCCCGUCGUGUAGCCCCUGAAAGGGCCUGGAAAGCUGCGGCGUCAUUUUUAUAACCGAAGGUCACUUUUGUGCGCAUAUCCCAGGCUCGUUCCAGGAUCCAGCAUUUAAAACUGAGGUUCUUUGCAACAAGUUGCAUUUGCGGAUUUUUUUCCCAAGGUCUCUUCUAAUUUCCUCAUGGUAAAAAAAAAAAAAAAAAAAAAUCCACUUCUCAUGAAGCAUGAGAAAGUGUUAUCAUAGGGAGAGUGCAGAGGUUUUAGUCCUUAGACCUUUUUCUCUACAAAGCAGAGCCAGACAUCACUGACUGCUGUGCCUAAAACUUUCAUUUGAAAAAACAAGUGCCAUUACCGUGGAAUAUCUACGUAGAAGCUUAGAACAAAAACUAGAGAGAAAUAUCUGACGUGUGAAAAAAUGUAAGAGAAAAAAAAAUGAUACAGAGGAGAGAAAAAGCAGUCCUUUGGGAACACUUUAUGUUCCGGUUUUGAAUGGCUUCUUGCUCAAAACUUUUAUUAUCAUGUCCCUGCUAAAGCAGAUUAUUGGGAAGAGUGGGAGUGAGGACAAGGGUCAUAUAGAAAUUUUAUUUUAGGAAAAAAAAAUACGUAGCUGAAACUCCGAGUUUUUGAGAGGUCAAAUCAUGUUGCAUUUAAUAACGUCCUUUAUUAAAUUACACCUUCCCCAACUAUUCCCCAAGUCGUGAGCAGCAAUUUUUGAGUUAGGUCUGGAGGGUGGAGUAGUUUUAAUAAAGUGCACAGAACAGUGAAACCCACAAAGCCUUAUGGGCAGGACUCGCUCCUGCCGCAAGUACCUCUGCACUGAUACUCAAGAUCUGAGGGUGGCUGCAAGGUGGCAGGUGUCAAGGGGCCAGCAUCUAAACUCUGGUAGUUAGCUGACUGUCUUUAGCGAAAAGAACCCAGCUACGAAAUGGCUUUUUUUUUUUUUUUAAAUAACACCACAAAUCCUAAUUAGAAACUUGAGAUUUUAUAGAAAUCAUUUAAUAAGAUAGAAAUUAAGUAUAUGAAUUAAUGGAAAUACGGUAUCUGUGCUUCCUGCAUCUCUGACUGUUUUAAGUUAUAAUUAACUGUCCUUCCCUAUCCAGUUAACAGUGAGCAGUUUCUAGAACCAUUAAAAGGAUUUACAAAAAGGAGGAAACUUAUCAACGGGCACUCUCCUUGAUUGCUGUAUUUUAAAUUAACUCUCUUUGAGCCCAAUUAAAUUUUCUGAGUAAUCUUAUCAGAAUCUCUUAAUUAUAGCACCCCAACUGGGAUGAGCUAUAAACUUGGAAAGAAGCAAAACACAUGUAACUAAACUAUAUAUUUUUGAUUGCUUCUCUUUUCUCUUUUAAAUCAGACAGAAACCUGUGGACAAACAGAAGCAGCAUGUGAAUCGCAGUGUAGCAGGGGCAGACCUCGCAUGACCUUACUGCUUAAAAGCUGUACCUGUAAAGCCCGGCUGCACCAGUUAACUUCUCCUUGUGCCAAAGGCAAAACUUAUGUUUGCACCUUUUUUUUUUUUUUUUUUUCUGGUUCUCAGGUUGAUUAAUACUGCUAAUGCAAAUGCUCAAGUAGAUUUCUUUGAAACUUUACAAAGUAGGUUCAAGCGAUACUUUUAAAAGUGAAGAGUUGAUGAUUAUAUAUAGUCAAUCCAUGAACUACAGUAGGUUUGUAUCAAACAGAAGUUUUUUUUUUUAAAUGAAAAUCUGUUGGUUGAUAUGUACGCAAUAUGCUUCUUAGACUAUUCUAGUCCUUAGCUGUGGUCUCUGCUAGAUGUCCAGACUUUCACGGUGGAGAAGGGGUAGGGAUGAAUUCGUGUGGUCUCCUUGGGGUGGAAACAUGACAUACCUGGAGGGUGAUACCAAGGCCUUGCUUAUGCUUGUUUUUCCAUACACUGAAUAAUUUUAAAUGAUUUAGACACUUUGGUGUAUAAUGCUGAAUGAAUUCUAAGGAAACACUGACACUGUUUACAAUAGUUACAUUCUUAGGUUUAUUGUAUCACAGCCCAGUGACUUUCCUCUUGAGAUUGUAGCUCAGAGGAAACAUUCAGGAUCUAAUAGGGAACCCAAGGGGAUAGAAGUGGGGAGAUAAGAUUCUUUUUUUUUUUUUUUUUUUUUUGGCUUUUUAGGGCUGCACUUGCAGCAGAUGGAUAUUCCCAGGCUAGGAGGUCAAAUUGGAGUUACAGCUGCCAGUCUACGCCGCAGCCACACAGGAUCCGAGCCGCGUCUGCAACCUACACCACGGGUCAUGGCAAUGCCAGAUCCUUAACCCACUGGGCGAGGCCAGGCCAGGGAUCGAACCCACAACCUCAUGGCUUCUAGUCGGAUUCUUUUCCGCUGCACCACAACGGGAACGGCAUCCUUUGUCCUGACGUAGCAGCAUUUGCCCAAGGAGUUCAGGGUUAGGGUUGCUUCCCACUUCCCAUCAUGUUCUUCCACUGCUGUCGGAUAUAAGUCAUACAGCUGAUGCCCAGGUGAAUCCCUGGAGAAGGGUAAGAAUAAAGCUCCCAAGACAUGAAAGAGCUUGACACGCACUUGGCACACAAUACUCAGUACAUGGUUGGCUCUAUUUAUGGGAUGGUCUCAUUCUUGUUUAGGGAGGAAAGCAGAAAAGCAGUGGUUCCUGUUCAGCAGGUGUCCCUGUGCGUCUUGAGCGUGUCGAGUAGUCACCCUCUAACCUGUAAUACUUGAUCAGCACUAAGGGAAGUACAAAUUAUGAAGCUAGCAAAAGUCUGAGGCCAAAGGUAUUUCUGUCCUAACAGCUUUAAUAAUGCUUAUUGAUUUUGAAUCAUCUUUUUAAAAAGUGGACCAUUUACUUAUUUUAAUAUCAUCACUUCAGCAAAAUGGUAGUGUUGAAAAGAUCAGCUUUCAUGGCACUAAGGAAUGUAUCUGCUAAGACACAAAAGUUGCUUGGUGUGCAUGUGUAUGAGGCCGAGGAGGAAAGAUUGUAGGCGGAUGAAAAUUUAACAGACUGGAGUAUUUAUUCAGAAGUAUCCAUUGGGAAAGGGUGGGAUUCUUCCACUGAUGCGCCUCCUGCCUGUGUGUGUGUCUGCAUGUGUGUGUGUGUGUGUGUGUGUGUGCGCGCGUGCGUGCGUGUAGGUACUUGGGCACAGCUACGACAGUGUUUGGAAUUGUAGACAGAAGCAGCUGUUGAUCGGGUGACAGAGACAGACGAUUGUCCUCAUCUCGCUGGCGGGACCUCCUGAGGCGGAGCCCACCCUGCUCUCCAGGCAGACCCCUGUUCCUGCUCUGCGGUCUGCUCCGUCUCGUUUCGGUUGUGGUACUGAGCAUCAGCACUGCUCGAAGGUCCUCGCGUGUUAGCAUCACUAGUUCUGAGGAGUUUGGGUACAUUUGUUUCAGUAUAUGUAGAAGGUCCAGUAAACUUUCUCUCUCUCUUUUAAGCAAAAUGACUCAUUUUAGGUCCAAUAUUGAGCUGACAGAUCUACUGUGAGAAUGAGCUGACGUAUCUACUGUGAGAAUAACAUGAUAGUUUAUUUGAAAACUUCUGUACACAGUGGUGUUUAUAUAUCCAGAUAAAUAUAUAAACACGUAUGCAUGCAUGCAUCACAUCUCUCUACUGUAGAGGUAAUGUGAAUUUUUAAAUUUUAAAUGGAAUUGCAACCACAAUCAUUGCUAAAAGAACAUUCACUCCUAGUGAGGGUUUACAAAAGCCACUAAAAGAAUAAGGUAGACAGAUAAAAAUGCAAAGGGCCAUCAUUUGGGGUUAUUUUUAUUUAAAAAUUUAUUGUGCUACUUUUGAAAGAGAAUUGUUUUUAUUACUACGUUCUUUGUGAUUGGAAAGUCAUCUAAUAGUAAGCAGUGCAGUAAUAGGAAGCUACUUUUUAAUUGCUGGCAAACAGCUUUAAGUGCACUUUCUUUUAUUACACUUCCAUUUUUUGUUAAACUUGAAUUUUCUGAAGCCUUUUAUGUACCACUAAGCAAUUAACUUUAACUUUUAAUAAACCUGAUUUACAUCUUUAUUAUAUUUCUAAUUGCUAAAAAAACAUACUUUCUAAAGUUCAGUCCUCAAAUAUAGCUGGGAAACUUAUGAGAUAGAAUCACUUGCUGUUUUUUUCUUCUUUUAUCUAAUUAAGCACUAACAGAUUUUAGUACUAUAUUGCCUUUAUGUCGCUUAUUCUUAUUGACUGAAAUUUGUCCCUCAUCACUUUGUUUGAAAUUUAAAGUUAUUUUCUUACUGUAUUUAUCAUACCUACUGUUUUAAUAAUCUGCAUUCUUUAAAUGCAAUAAAUCCCAAGUGGAUUGCAUAUUCUUUUUAA